ACCGCAGGUGCGCCUGCUCUCCCCUCAAACCUUGACCUCAGAAAAAAACACGGUGAACGUUCGCUCCACCGUUUGCUCGCGUGCCACACCGAACCUGCGCGCUGUGCUUCCGUGACGUCGCUCCAUUGGAGCCUGUGGUUGGAGCGCGAGUUCUUUUCACGUAUCUACUGGGAGAGAGAGGAGAGCGAGCGCACGGCGGUGCCAGCCAUGGUCAGCGCUUUGAGAGAACACUGAAAUCAACCGGGAGGGACAACAUCCUAGACAUGGAAUGCGACUGUGCAACAUUGUGUCUUUCCUGGCUGUCUGACGUUAUUUUUCUGCUCAACCAUUGAAAAGGAGGAGGUUUUUCUCGUUUACGUAUUGGAUUCCAGAGCACUGGGAACACCCCGGUCUCUCUUUCCGUUUCUCCCCCUCGGGUGAAAAGUCACCAGAGUGGAAAGGAUAUUUCGCUUUAUUGGAAUUAUAGCUGCUCUGAAGAUGAUCUCCGGUGUUUUCUGGGAACAUUGUCUUGGAUGAGAACCUGUGAGCAUCAUGAGUACCAAUGCCUAUCAGCAGGGCUCUUUGGGCAGUGAGCGGAGCUCUGGACCUAUCCGGUGCCAGCGUUGUCGGGAGGUGUGUAAGGGAGAGGUGGUGCGCGUUCAGGACACACACUUCCACGUCAAGUGUUUCACCUGUACAGUGUGUGGGUGUGGCCUGGCUAGAUCUGGGUUCUAUCAGAAGAGUGGUGAGUACAUCUGUACGUCAGACUACCAGCGUCUGUACGGGACGCGUUGUGACCGCUGUGACGGAAUCAUCACCGGGGAGGUGGUCUCUGCUCUGGGGAGGACCUACCACCCUACCUGCUUCGUCUGCAGUGUCUGCAGGAAGCCGUUCCCUAUCGGAGACAGAGUGACGUUCAGUGGGAAGGACUGUGUGUGUCAACAGUGUUCUCACACACUCGUCACCUCCAACGAACCAAUCAAGAUCCAUGGACCCAGCCACUGUUCAGGGUGUGGAGAGGAUAUAAAACAGGGACAGUCUCUGUUGGCGUUGGAGAAACAGUGGCAUGUCAGCUGCUUCAAGUGUCUAACCUGCAACAUGGUCCUCACUGGGGAAUACAUCAGCAAGGACAACGUGCCGUACUGUGAGUCUGAUUACCACGCCCAGUUUGGGGUUAAGUGUGAGACGUGCAGCAGAUACAUCAGUGGACGGGUACUGGAGGCAGGGGGGAAACACUACCACCCUACCUGUGCCCGCUGUGCCCGAUGUCACAUGAUGUUCACAGAGGGAGAAGAAAUGUACCUGCAUGGUGGUGAAGUGUGGCAUCCUUUGUGUAAGCAGGCGGCCAGAGCAGAGAGAAGACUCAGGCACAGACGUCUGUCAGAGACCUCCAUCUCUCCACCGGGUUCGUCUAUUGGUUCUCCCAGCCGCGUCAUCUGCGCCAGGGUGGAGAAUGAGAUACUAGACUAUAAGGACUUGGCUGCACUGCCUAAGGUCAAGGCCAUAUACGAGGUCCAGCCACCUGACCUCAUAUCAUCCUACCAGUCCCAGCAUCAUCCUACCAUAUCAUCCUACCAGCCCUACCCCAGAUACUCCUCAGAUGACAUAGAGACCUUCAGCUAUGGAGAGUCACCUGGGACUCUCUGUUCUCAGAAGCUGUAUUACAAUAUAGACAAGAGACAGAGACAGUGUUCCAGCCCUGCCUACAUGGACGGCUCUCCCUCCUUCAACCGCCAAGCCAUGUCUCCCAUCAUGCCUCACUCACCGCAGCACUAUGGACACCCUGUGCUGGCUGCAGGCUCUGAGAGUGGCAGGAGCUCACCCUAUUACGGCUCGCUGGAGGGGCGGCCUAGUACUCCUACCACAUACCACGCCCCCAAGCAUUUCCAUGUACCAGGUAGGACCACACUUCAACUGUGCCCCAAUGGCCCCCUAUUCUCUAUGGAAGUGCAAUAUAUUUGGAAUAGGGUGCCAUUUGGGACGUGCCGCUACGGUCGCUACGGUCGCUAUGCCUCAGGUGAACCCAACAUCUACAGCAAACCUCCCAUCUAUAAGAGAACGGGUACAGUGGCUUAG